AUGGCGACCAGCAGACUAUUCAACGUUCCCAGUGGUGCGGUGGCGUCCGUCCGCAUCAUCGAUACCACGACAUCGAUCAAAAAUCUACCAUUGAAGUUUUUGAUGACACCUCCCAUUGCUGGCAUGGAGAUGAUGCCGGAUCUGCCGACUUGGUCGUUUCUCGUCGAGAGCGACACGGGCAAAAAAGCGCUCUUCGAUCUCGGCGUGCCGCCGAACUGGCGUGAAUUCUCGCCUGCAGUGAUGGACAAAUUGACGACGAAUGGAUGGGAGAUAAAUGCAUCGAAACAUGUUGAGGAGAUAUUGAGGGACCAUCAGGUUGAUCCGGCUUCGAUUAGCAGUAUUAUUUGGAGUCAUUGGCACUGGGACCAUCUUGGGGACCCCUCCACGUUCCCAUCUGGGACAGAAUUGAUUGUCGGUCCAGGCUUCAAGGACGCAUUCUUUCCUGGCUACCCGGGGAAAGAGGAUGCCCCAGUUCGAGAGAGCGACUUCAAAGGUCGCAAUGUACGGGAAGUCAGCUUCGAAGGUUCCGAAGUGCUAACCAUUGGCAAAUUCCGUGCAAUUGACUUGUUCGGCGAUGGCUCCUUCUACCUCCUCGACACUCCUGGACACGCUAUAGGACAUCUUGGAGGCUUAGCACGUACCACAUCCGAUACUUUUAUCUUCAUGGGCGGCGAUCUUUGUCAUCAUGGAGGCGAGAUACGGCCUUCCGAGCACCUACCGUUGCCCGAGAAGGUCCAUCUACAAGCUUUCUCGCAUUUCGCCGGUGGGUUUUGUCCUGGCGCUGCACUAGAAGAGCUCCAGAGGAGUCGAUCAAGAAAUGUCAACGAGCCAUUCUUUGAUCCGAAUAUGGGACUAGAUAUCCCACAGGCGAUUGCGACCAUUAAGAAGACACAAGAAGCUGACGGUGACUCGAACGUACUGUUCAUCUACGCCCACGACGGUUCGCUUCGCGGCAAUGUAGACUUGUUCCCCAAGAGCGCGAAUGAAUGGAAAGAGAAAGGUUGGCGUGCGAAGAUUCUGUGGCAUUUCUUGGGUGAUUUUGAGAGUACUCUGAAGCAGGGAAGUAAGUUGUAG